AUGCCGCGUGAGGUUCCUGACACCGCUGCUGGUUCACCCGUCCGUUCCCCCUUCUCGCCCGUGCCCCUCUCUACUCCCGGCGGUUCCCGCGCCCCAGUCGCGUCGCUUCCUGCAGCCGUCGCGUCAUUAGCCACCGGAUCCGCCACCGACAUGUCCCCUUUGCCGCCGCUCCUCCCCGCAGCGGGCCCGCAAUGGCUCCGCCUAAUGUCCGCGGAGGCGCGUUCCGCGCCGCCGGUGCAGAUCCUGCAGCUUGAGGCGCGCCCCCUCAACGUACCGCUCCGCGAGCCCUUCACCAUCGCUUCCGCCACCCUUUCCGCCGUCCCCAACGUCGCCAUCCGCGCUGUUCUCCGUAUCGCUUGCGCAGGGGGAAAGCCGGAAGUGCGGGAAGAGAAGUAUGACACUGGAUCUGAGGAAACGGGAGUGUUUGGCUGGGAGGGCGACGGGCGGGGGGCGGAGGAAAACGGGAGCGGCGGAGGAAUGAUCGAAGCGGUGGGUUGGGGGGAAGCACCUGUGCUGCCGUCAGUUACGGAGGAGGACCAGGAGACGAUCCUAGAAGCAUGCGCGCGCGCGCGUGACUGGAUGGUGGCGCAACCGCCUAUGAGGUGGCAUGAGCUGCUGCUGCGGCUGGAGCAAAGGGUUUUACCGGGCCAUGGGCUCGCUUCGGCACGUGCGGGAGUGGAAAUGGCCGUUCUAGACGCGCUUGCAUCAGCACUCUCGCUGCCGCUCUGGCGACUCUUCUCCUCAUCUAGCCGCCCGCUCUCCACCGAUAUCACCAUCCCAAUCUGCUCGCCAGAGUCAGCAGAGUCUCUCGCCCACUCCUACCACUCUCACGGCUUCUCCUGCUUCAAGAUCAAGCUCGGCGCGCUGCCCGCUUCUCACUCGCCGCUCCCUGCGCACGCGCUGCAAGAGCUCUCGUUACAGUCACCGCUGGUGGACGAACUUGCGCGUGCUGGGCAGGUCUCCCAAUCACCUCAGCACCCUACCUCAUUGCACCAUUGCCGCUCCGUCCUUUCUUCCCUCCCUGGUCCUCCGGUCCCCCCUUCCCUCCCUGUCCCCCCUUCCCUCCCUGUCCCCCCUUCCCCCUGUCCCUCCCUGUCCCCCCUUCCCUCCCUGUCCCCCCUUCCCUCCCUGUCCCCCCUUCCCUCCCUGUCCCCCCUUCCCUCCCUGUCCCCCCUUCCCUCCCUGUCCCCCCUUCCCUCCCUGUCCCCCUUCCCUCCCUGUCCCCCCUUCCCUCCCUGUCCCCCCUUCCCUCCCUGUCCCCCCUUCCCUCCCUGUCCCCCCUUCCCUCCCUGUCCCCCCUUCCCUCCCUGUCCUCCCUUCCCUCCCUGUCCUCCCUGCCCUCCCUGUCCUCCCUGCCCUCCCUGUCCUCCCUUCCCUCCCUGUCCUCCCUUCCCUCCCUGUCCUCCCUGCCCUCCCUGUCCUCCCUGCCCUCCCUGUCCUCCCUGCCCUCCCUGUCCUCCCUGCCCUCCCUGUCCUCCCUGCCCUCCCUGUCCUCCCUGCCCUCCCUGUCCCCUCCCAGAGCACGGCAUAAGCCCGCGGGUGUUAGAGCAACCUUUCCAUCGCAGCAACUGGCGGGCCAUGCACUCCCUCACAGCCACUCUCUCCCGCCUCCACGCCGCCUCCUGCCGCACACCGCCAUCACCUGCACCAGCACAUCCAGCGGUGGUGGUAGCAGACGAGAGCUGCAGGGGUGAGGGGGACGUGUGGCGGAUCGUGCACGAGGGAGCAGCGGCAGGCGUGAACGUGAAGCUUGCCAAGACGGGUGUGGUGGGCGCGUUGAGGGUCAUUGCUGCUGUGCUGCGCGCGAAUGCGGCGCAGGGGAGGCAAGGGGAGCCGCUGCAGCUGAUGAUUGGGGGCAUGGUGGAGACACGCCUUGCCAUGGGGUUUGCGGCUCACGUGGCUGCUGGACUUGGGUGCUUCCAGUGGGUGGACCUGGACACACCGCUGCUGCUGGCAUCAGACCCAAUCGUAGGGGGCUACACAAUGGAUCAGGACAGGAUCGUCUUUCCUCCAGGCCCGGGCCAUGGGGGCUCCCUGCCCUGGCCAACGCAAGCAGCACAGGAGCAGAGUGAAUGGUGA